UGGUUAGAGGUUAGUGAAGAAGGGGAAGGGCAAGAUUCGUGAGACCCGGCACCGUUUACUCCAUCACACUACCGCUCACAAUUCACCAUACCCAUACCCACACCCUCCCUCCCCCUUUCCUUUUUUUGUUUUUCUCUUUCCCUAUCUAUCUUUGGCGUGAGGAUGUUAUUUUCUUUUUAUUAAUACCCUCAUCUCCUCCUCUCUCUUCUUCACUUUUCAUUUUCAUUAUCACAUCAUUUCUCAUCAAUAAACAACACCACCACCCCAAUCUAUUUUUCCAGUAAUUUUUCAUAUGACCCUUUGUUCCUCCCAUCUCCUUCUUCCCUCUCUCAUCUAUUUCUCCCUCUUUCUUUUAGCAUUGAAACUCAUCAUGCCUUAUUGUUACUUUUAUUGUUAUUAUUGUUAUUCACAAUUCAUGUUGAACAAGUACUACUUUUGUAAGAAAAUUGUCCUCUCUUUUCUAGGUUUAUCAAAUACAAAUAUGGUUUCUCCUUCUCCUGUUUCCAAAUGUGGGUUAGGGUUGAUCAGUGCCAAUGAAUCCAAUCCCGAUGUUAUUGAGUCAUCCUUAUUACACUUGCACAAUACUAAAACUAUUUCAAUGCCAUCAACAUCACCACCAAAAAAGAAAGACCCUGGUGGCAUAGGAUUUAUAGAUGAUAUGGGUGGUGGAGCUGGGAUUGAUGGACUUAUGUCAUGUACAGAGAGCUUAGGGUUUGAGAGUUGUUAUGAAAGAGAUGAUGGUGCUGUUGAUGAUAGGACUAAUGGUUAUAAACAUGUGAAGCUUUGUGAAGAUGAAAUUAGGGAUAAUAAUAGGUGGAGGAUUAGGAAAAGGAGGGAAGGGAGGAGGCAUAUGAAGUUUCCACCACCACUAUCUUCAUUGAACCAAAACGGUCAGCCUUGUUUUUACCUAAAGCCUGUAAGGGAAAAUGGGAGGUUGGAGUUAACUGAAGUUAAAAUACAAAGGCCAGAGAUUUUACGUUCUGUCAGGCAAAAUGGUCGCUUGAGAUUGCAUCUUGUUAGCAGUGAUGUUUGCUCUAAUAUCAACCAAGAAGAGGAAGAAGAAGAAGAAGAAAAUGAAGAGAUAAAUCAAGAAGAACAAGAACAGGAAGUACUUGAUUUGCAAGAAGAAGAAGAAGAAGAGAUGAAGGUUGAAGAAGUAUGGAAGUAUAGGGUGAAUGGAAAAGGUUCGAGAAGAUGUCAUGAGAUGGUUGUGAGCCAUCUUCAUAAUGAUUAUCAUCACCGCCAACAUCAUCAUAUGAAUGACCAUCAUAGCUUGCAUGUGUGGAGGCAGCCAUGUGUGUCCAUAAGGUAAAUAACCAAAGAGAUGGGAUUACUGUUAGAAAAUGGUUAAAGGUGAAAAUAAAGAAUAAAAAAGACGAGCUUGAUAAAUGUUGUGUGUUAAGGUGUUUAGUUGAGGAAGAUCGAUGUUUCAUAGUACGUUGGGUUAGUGUUUAGCAGAGACAGAAGAAGGAAUAUGUGUCUCGACGAAAUUAGGAGGUGACGGAUGGGUAAUCUCCAGGCGUCAGCACUGAGUAAAUAAUAAUGAUAAUGAUAAUAAUUUGACACUUUAUUUUCUUUCAUUUCUAGAAUUAAAAAAAUUCUGGAACUUUUACCUUUUAUUUUUCUAAGAAAAUUGUUGAAUACCAAAAGUACCCAAAUCCUUUUUUGCUUAAACUGAUAUCUAUUUAUAGUGAAUGUGUACUCAUGUAACCAUGGGUACAAAUUUAUGUGUACAUAUAUAUAUAUAUAUUAAAAUAAGCUUAUUAUGUGUUGUACAGUUUGAAGUAUGGCAAUAAAAGUGGCAACAAAUGUGUUUGGUGCA